AUGUCUAGAAGUGUGUGGACUGAAGCAGAAGAUCUUUGUUUGUCGAGAUGUUGGGUGACGAGGAGACCGGACCCUGUUACAGGUAGGUGUGAAAUGAGCAAUCCCGACGUCUCCUUUUGGGAUGACGUUAUUGAAAUGUUCAACGCGGAGACCAAUGGAGGACCACGAAGCAAGGCUCAACUGCAAGGUCACUGGAGCAAGAUGCGGAAAGAAUGUAAACCGUUUGAGGCAAUUUGGACGCGGUUGAUUGCACAAGGAGGCAACGGAGAGGAUGAGCAAUAUUAUGCAACGGCACAUCAGAUAUAUCGGGAGAAGCAUGGGAGGGGAUUCACAUACGAGCACUGCUUCAGGCAGCUUAUCUUUGUUCCUUUUUAG